GUGGACACGCCUGUGCUUGUGCUGGAACAAGAGCCACAGAGGCGUAAUCACACAAGGGAGACUCUCUCUCUCUCUCUCUCUCCACCUCUCUCUGCACAAUCUGAGAAAAGAGACUUAACGCUGCCGUCAAGCACACCCCAAGUGUUUAACUCCAAAAAGUCAAGAUGCCAGAAACAGCAGAGGUUGUGUCAGCCACCCUCACCACCAACAGAAACUGCACCAUAGAAAUAAUCAAUGUCAGCGGUAGCUACUGUCUCAUCAACCCCAAGGUUUACAUGACGAGUGGCUUCUGUCACCACCCGCCACAGCCUACAGUCCGCACCACCAAGACCGAAGUGUGCUCCUUCACCAAGGACGACAACACCGCCACGGGCGCUGUCGGCCUGCUGACCUAUGACCUGUUCCAUAUGCAGAGCCGGGUUUGCUCCGAGCGCAUGGCCAUCAUGUUCUCCGUGCCCUUUGACCACAACCUGUACAAGAACCGGCUGGCCGUGGGCGUGGUUGAGCAUUCCCGUGCUUGUGACAAACAUCUGUACGACCAGAUGUAUGAUGGGAAAGACCUCAGUAGCUUCACCCGCUCUGAGGCAAAUGGCUGUGGGCUGGAAUAUAAAGCGAAAUCUGUUGAUUUGAGGGCUACAAUGUCAUCUAUUGGCAAAGCCAUCGUUAAAGUGGAGCUCUAUGAUAAAAUGGGUCGUUAGCGUGAACGACUGUGCUGUUAUUCUGCUUUUAUUUGUACUUUGGCGCUUUUGUACCCACAGAAUAAAUAAACUUCAUUUGAUUUGACUACUGUUGCGUGUUGUCAUCCAGAGGAGAGGAAGACGGAUUUGGCUGUCAUCUCUACUUUGUCUCCGCCGAAAGAUAUCAAUAUCUGACAGCCAGCUCAUUGAUUCUCCAUUAGCUUAUUCCUUGGGCUUAUGUACAUUGUACACACCCUUCUCUUUGAUUGUGAUAAUAAAACAUUCAAACCUA